CCUAUUACUACAUCCGGAAGCGGGACUCGCGGUGGGGUUGUCGUAACUCCGACACGGUGGAUGUUGGACUCGUUCUCAUAUUCAGGCGUCAAACAACGAACUCGUAGCCACAAUGAACGAGCGCGAGCUCGACCUGACACAGGCACAGGAAGCCGUCAAGUCCAAAUACCCGCCGAUCAACAGGAAGUAUGAAUAUUUGGAUCACACAGCAGACGUACAAAUCCACUCCUGGGGAGACAGUCUGGAAGAAGCCUUCGAGCAGUGUGCCAUGGGCAUGUUCGGCUACAUGACAGACACAGAGACGGUGGAACCGAUCGAUACUGUCGACGUGGAAUCAGAGGGUGAAGACAUGGAGUCUCUUCUCUUCCAUUUCCUAGACGACUGGUUAUACAAGUUUAGUGCAGAUCUGUUCUUUAUUCCCAGGGAGGUCAAAGUAUUGCACAUAGACAGAAUCCGGUUCAGGAUCCGUUCCAUUGGGUGGGGUGAAGAAUUCUCUCUGGCCAAGCAUCCUCAGGGAACAGAAGUGAAAGCCAUCACUUACUCCGCAAUGCAGAUACAUGACAUAGAAAAACCAGAGAUAUUUACCAUUAUUGAUAUCUGACAACUCCUGAGGCAGAUCACACUCAUUUGGUUCGAUUCGGAACCGAAGAUCUAUACGGCCAAUUUUAGUGGCCUUUUUUAUCUAAGGCACUGAUUAUUGACUUGAUUAUUGAACCUAAAAAAAUCAGCUUUUCUACUUCUGGGGUGAACUGUUGACUUACUACUUCUCUUACGUUUUGCAGAUUAAUUUUAUGACACUGAUAUCUCUUAAAAUGCCUUAUUUCAUAUAUCAAAUAACUUUAAAUGUAAAUGAGGAAUAAUAUUACUCUUUACUGAGUUAUUAUUGUAAAGUAAAACUGAUUUAUUUUUUGUCAUCCCAGUUUUACCUGCUAUGCUUUUGCAAAUUCUUAUUUAAGACAAAUUUGAAGUUAUGUUGAUGCCUUAUUGAUCAUUGUAAAUAAAAGAGCAAAUUUUUACAAUU